CACCCCCCCUACUCGCCCAACGAACAGUUCACGUCAAGUAUACAUAUGUGUGUCUCAUUCGAACUACGCUACAUGUAAUAUGUUUGAAAAUGUGCGGAUUCCAGCGACUUCGAUAAUUACGUUCUCAUAAAUUCCAGGAAAACAAGAUGUUAGAGUUCUCGUUUAAGCAGUGGUCACACAACCUGUCUCGUUUUCCUUGUUCUGUGUGCCUCUAUUCCCCGGUUGUUCUAUAAGUACUGUGAUAUUCACAAUAUCAGAGAGACAAUAAUAGAAAGAAAACAGUGGAGGAAGACAAAAACUACAACUCCCAUUUUGCCAGGAGCCCCAGUCGCGUAGGUGUUUCCGGUGUCUUAUAACAUUUUACUUCCUUCCACACAAACCGACACGAAGAAAUCGAGAAAGAAGACGUCGCUAACUUUUAAAUGCUGUCGUCAACAGUCGCGUUUCGAGCUUAGUUUUCGUUUAGUUUCCAUCGUAAAAUCCGCGGCAUGCGGAGGGUCGUGUCUGAGAACUGAAGAAUUGUUGAAAACGUAGAGCGUAACGUGUAGGCCUCCGAAGAAAGUUUGGUCGAGGGCCUGUAAACAACAUGUCCUCCGCCUCGCAGUCUUCCUCUAGACGGCAAUGGUGCUACCUCUGCGAUCUGCCCAAGAUGCCCUGGGCCAUGCUGUGGGAGUUCAGCGAAGCUGUGUGCCGGGGAUGUGUCAACUACGAUGGGGCAGACCGAAUCGAGCUCCUCAUUGAAACUGCCAGGCAACUGAAGAGCACGCACGGAGUUUUAGACGGCAGGUCCCCCGGUCCACAGCAGAGCAAGCCCAGCUCGGCUGGGCCCAUUGAGGCAGGGCGGCAGCAUGGAGAGCGUAUAGACAGGGGGAGGGGUGAGUAUGGGGUGUCUUCUCGCCUCCCCAAUGGCCUGCACAGAGCUGAGGAGGUGGCCUUGUCAGAGGGCAGCCGACAGAGCCCAAAUACUCGUCGGGCUAUAGCAGGGGCAGUUCCUAGUCUUCAUGGCACCAUAUCCCAUGCCUUGAUAGCUCAGGGGUUAGUAGCAGCCCCUCAUGGGCUUUUAGCUCCAUUAUCAAGCUCCAGGGCUGGGGCCACUCCUAUUGCGGUCUCAGCUGGCCCCAUAAUGGGUGAUGCUGGCAGAAGACAGGCUGUGUCCCUGGGUGUGGGAGCUAGCACCUCUACUCUGGUGGGCAUAGAUCCUGCGGUGUGGAGGAACAAUGAAGUGAUGAGCGAACUGAAUGAGAUUUCUCGUAGCAGGGUUGAAGGCUGGCCAAACCGUCCCAAAGCAGUCCGGGAUGUCCUUGUAGCUCUCAGCAGCUGCGUCCCCUUUAAUGUGCGCUUCAGGAAAGACCAUAAUCUGAUGGGUCGUGUGCUGGCCUUCGAUGCCAGCACAACCCCAGAGUUUGAGCUCAAGGUGUUUGUGGAGUAUCCUGCCGGGUCUGGAAUGAUCUUCUCUGGAGUCCCAGACCUGGUCAGGCAGAUGUUCCGUGACUCAGCCAAAGACGCAGGUAAAGCAGUGAACUCUGGGCUCCGAUAUGUGGAGUAUGAGAAGCGGCAAGGCACAGGAGACUGGCGUGGGCUGUCUGAGCUGUUGAAUGACGGUGUUCGUAUGUUUAAAGAGCCCCCAAUCCCAGAGGUCCUGCCGCAGCCAGAUGCAGUGUUGCCCAUGGCAGCUGCUGGACGCCCUGUACCAGGGAAGAGCACAACUAGGCGCCGCAAGGCUUCUCCAGGCUCUGAGAAUGGGGAGAGCGAAGGGAGGCCUGAUCACCCAGCAAGGGACCCCUGGCCUCGAAGUGCUUACUCAGGCAUGGAACCUCUUCCUGGCAUGGCCGCCCCUCAAGAGGGCCCACCCCGUUUACACAGCCAGCCCUCACCCAUCUCAGCACUAAUGGGAGUUGCAGACAGUCUGAGCUCCAGCCAGAUGGCCAGAGAAAGCCCCAGCAUGUCCACAGCCCACUCCUCUUCCGCCGGGCGUCCCACCAGCAGUAGCCCCUCCACUGCCUCCACCUCAGUCUCCCAGGCAUCCAUGGGGCAGGGUUUAAGUGCGGUGGGGACGAGCAGCAACACCAGUGCUGGGGAGUCCUCAGGCAGCGCUCAGGGCACCCUGCUCUGCUGCACCCUGUGCAGAGAGCGCUUGGAGGACACCCAUUUUGUCCAGUGUCCCUCUGUCCCACACCACAAGUUCUGCUUCCCCUGUACCCGAGGAUUCAUCCGCAGCCAAGGUCAAGGGGGGGAGGUGUACUGCCCCAGUGGAGAGCGGUGUCCCCUGGCUGGAUCCACUGUGCCUUGGGCCUUCAUGCAGGGAGAGAUCUCAACCAUCCUGGCCGGAGACGGAGAUGUGACGGUAAAGAAGGAGAGCGACCCUUGACAUCUCCAUUCUGUUGUGGCGAAUGUGGAGCAAACACUUUGAAAGCACUUCCCUGUUAUCCCAAGCAGAGAUCCUUUGGCUGCAGUUCAUCAUUUGUGCCUCUGAGAACAGAAUAACUCUGAACCCCAGGAGGACAGCUACACACACACACAGACACACACACAGUUAACUACACAACAAGACUCACUCAUGAGAAGAGGGACAUGUCCGUCUGUCAGGGCUCAGCUCACCUGUGUAGUCUGAUCUGCUACUUCAUGACUGAAUGUUGAGUCCCGACCACAUUUCUCCCUCUCUCCUCUGUCCAGUGCAGCAGAGGCCUCUCAUCAGGUCUCGUUUCAAAGCCCAGGAUUGAAAGCACAUGCUUGUUUUAAGAAUGACAAUCUAUUUUGUCUUUCAUUUGUGUUUUUGUUAUAUAUGUUGCAUACUGUCCUAUACAGAUGGGUGACAGCGAUAUUGAUAUAUGGUUUAACAGAAUCAUGCAAUUCUUUGAAAAACAAAUGAAUGUUCAAAAUGUGGCAAAACCAUUGGGUCCUUAAAGCCAAGGAUUAAAAAAAUGUAAUCCCACAAUAUGUCUCUUAGAUAUUCUCCCUAUAUUGUAUGUCAAAAAUGUGAAUUUACUUUCAAUAUGGCUAUGUAAUUUCUAUUUUUGAUACAAUACAAAUUUAUAUGUAUUUGUUUAUAGUGAUAAGAAGACCAAAGAUGGCUUCAUGCGCAAUGUAAUUUUAUUGUAUUGUAGCUGUGUAUGCUGUAUUCACUGAUAACCUUGGCAUCAGUCACUAAUUUGUUCACCUAUCACAGAAGUAAGCUUGUUUUGUCUAUUUACUUUUUGAAUUGUAUGUAUGGUAAGAUAAUUAGCACCACAAUCUUCAAUGGUUAAUCCACAUACUCAUGUGAUCUUAACAGGUCAAUUCUACAAUAAAUUACAAAAAUAGUUA